AUGACCACUUUUCUACCCACGUCGAGUGCUUGCCACUUGCUACAGUUGCCCCCCACAGAAAAGGAUGACAGACUCAACUUGAACGUGCGGACGGGCUCUGCGCUGAUUCUUCACCACUCCAUGGUGUUCACGUUUGGUGGGCUCACGGUCGGGUUGGACUUGAACACCAACGUGCAUGUCCAGAACAUUCUGAAGACGUUUUUGCUGAGGCUAGGGCCCAACAAGCUGAAGAAGAUAAGAAAGUACUUGUCGGGUGAGUUGUUUUACUUGAAUCUUCUCUCAAAGACAUGGUUCAGAGUGAACAUCCCGGAGCUGGCUCCAAGGCCUAAGCCAAGGCUCUUUCAUGAAAUGGCAAGGGGAAACAACUGCAUCUAUGUCUUUGGUGGGCUUGUGUUUCCUGAAGACGGAGACGAGCUGACUGACGAAAAAGCUAGUCGCUUGGUCCCCUGCAACGAUCUCUGGAAGUUCGACUUGCGGACCAAAAGCUGGACUUUACUUCACGAUGGCUCGGGCUUCCAAUUGGCGUCCAACAUUCCUCUGCCGAGGUACUGUCAUAAGAUUACGAAAAUCAACAGUCUUCAUUUUGCUAGAAAGAAAGACCACUGUGGCUUGAUCAUCGCCGGCGGCCAAGACGGUAACCUGAACCCUCUAUACGACAACUUCGCUUUUGACCUUGUGGAGAAAAAGUACGUGGAUGCUGGUAAUCCGAUAUUCUUCACAGCGUCCUCUGGUGACGACAACAAGGACAAAGCUCUGGGCUUGUCUCAGUUCGAUUCGGUCAAUGCCGACAAAAACACAAACGUCAACUACAUUAACAGCGUCAUCGUCAAUUUCUCAGAAGAGGUCGAGCAUCAUCAUCAUCAUCUUCAUCGCAAUGCCCAUGGCCACGAUAGGCGUGAGUCGGAAACACACGGGCCUAUCGUUCAGGAUAUCACAACAAACGAAGAGGAGUCGAUAAUACUAUACUCUCCCACCAGUAAUGAUGACAAAUCAGAGGUGAUAAAUCCACUUUUGUCCUUCAGGAUAGGCAAGAAAGUCAACAAAGGUAAAGUCAUGCCACUACAUAGGAAGAAGGUAGAUGGCAAUGAGCAUCGCGCGAGCUUGAUUAAGCAUCUUGUUCCCCACAACUUAAGGUUUCCUACAGGCGGCCUAUUUGGUCAAAACCUAGUAAUUGUGGGGUUCUUACCAAACGAUUUCGACAUAUCCAUAUUCAUCUACAACAAACCCACGGGGAAGUGGUCGAGACUUAACAUAUUCUGUCAUCACGACUACGGCUCUCAUAGGUUUUGGGGAGGAUUUGCUUGGACUUCGCACCACAAGGUUGUUCUUCUAGGCAACUAUGUCACGUCGAGAACAACCAGCAGUGUUCGGUACUUUUCCUCUAUGAUAACCGUGAGCUUGCCCGUCACCAACAUCCUUGCUUCGUUUGAAUUAUCAGGAAGUCAUUUUCAUGGUCCUGAUGGGAAGAAGUAUGUCGCGAACGAGACAAGCUCAACAGAGGAAUUUGCAUCCGCAAGUUCUUCUGCCGAGGAUUCGUCUUCAAUGAGUGAACUUGAUGAAGAAGAGAUACCCGAUUUCAACCCUGCUCGUAAAUUCUCGACUAUGUCGUCGAAAAGCGAAAGUAAGGCACCUGGUACCAACAUGAGUUUCAAUGAAUACGUUCACUACGCAGCUCCCAAAGUUAGCUAUACUAAGAUCAGGUCAGUGUUUCCACCCGCAGCAAUCACUCUUGGGAGAAGUGCCUAUGACAGAUACGGAGACCUAAUUUCAGACUUGGAAUUGAUAUCCACCAGUGGAGACAGGAUACCCGUUUCCAUGACAGUCUUAAGAGAGAGGUGGGGUAAAUAUUUCAUCGAUUUACUUGCAAAGGCUUACGUUGGUGCGGUCGACAAGUUUGAAUUUGAUCACCUUCAAAGCCAGACUUCCCAAAAGCUCAGGGCAUCAAGAAGUAGCGGCGGAAGCCAGGAUUCAAGAAAACAUGGAGCCUCAAGUGAUGAUGUGUCCAGUAACGAGCCACUCGCAGAUAGGCAUGAUAAAUCCUUUCACAUCUCCAUUCCAUCUGUGAAACCAUCUCAAAAAGACCCUCCUCAGUUUAGACUUCCUUUCCAAGAUGGACCAUCUUCUUCAUCUUUAUCUUCAAAAGAACCUGGUGCCGUUGAUCCACACAGCAAAAGUACGGAUAGAAAGCCCUCUGUUUCGUCAUUUUCAUCUGCGAACUCUUUGCUUACUUCACAGCUACAAGACAUCCCUCCGCAAUUGCCCAUUCCAAACGAGCCUUUGCCCGCUGUUCCCGCCAGUCCGACAACGUUCAAGCCUGGAUCUCGGAAAAACUCUAGUGAUGCUUUAUCGCCUCGAGCAUCUCUUCUUCACACCCUUACAGUCUUGAGGAGCAUUCCCUCGCAUGGCGGAAAGUCACCUAGAGCAUCUCCUUUUGCUUCACCCAGAGGCUCUAUUUCGGCCUCUCAUGAACAAUCAAUUACUGAAAUUGCAGUGCCAGUUCCAAACAAAUCGCUGAGCUUACAAGAAGAGGUAAAGUCAUCUUUAGACAUAAUUGACACCGCUUUGGAGAGAAGAGGAUCGUCGUCCACCAAGGAGUCCAGUACAUCGGAGAGUCUGAGUAAGAAGAUUUCCCUGGCUACUCCUACUCCAGCCACCGCUAGAAGCCUACAUGAGGAGGUUGGUGAAGAACGAGGACCACAUGAACAUAAUCAUCAUCAUCACCAUCACCAUCACUAUGCGCUUCUUGACUUCGAAAAUCAUGAUGCAGAAACAUUCAACAUCGAGCCGUCGUUGGUCCCCCGAAAACUAUACAUUCCUUUCUGUACCAGCUCCCUUAAGGCUUUCGCCGAGUACAUGUAUACUGGUCAAGUGGGGAAUAAGUGGACACUUAGGCCAUGUCUUCUUGACUGUAUGUUGAUUGCAAGAUACUUCAAGGUGCCUUUGCUAUAUGACUUGAUUAGCGAAGUUCUCUUUGGCAUUAUUGGAAGAAAAGAAGCUCACAUUGUGAAAGAAGGAAAGCGGUUGAAGAAAAAAUAUCUUCAGUGUUUUCGUGAUCUUGGAAGACCUGUUGAUAGUAAUUUCAGACUUCCAAUUGACGAAUAUGAGGGAUUUAUGGAUACCGUCGACGAUGGCUACUUAGACAUUGCCCUAUUGAGGAAAUCUUCCAGUCUUCAUAGAGCCAGUGUGUCCAGUCAAGGAAGCAAGCGUAAGCCUACCUCAACGAGCUCUAGUAUCCCUGAAGAGACACCAUACUUCAACGAAGGAGAUUACUUCCAAUUUCGAAGCAAAAGAUUGGGGUCAGAAGAGCCCAAGUCACCAAGGUCAGGUUAUGACUCGACAAAGCAAGCAACAGCCGACGAAGAUAAAUCGGAGGGAGAUGAGGACGAUAUAUUAAAUGAGGGAAACCUCCAUUUCCUUGACUUUAUUGAGAAUAAAACCUUUGGUGUCAACCCCAGAUCAAAGUCGGUCUUCGACCGCCUGGCAUACGACUCUGUUGCUUUCAUGUCGAACGAUGCUGAGGAAGAGGAAAAGGAGAAAUCUCUCACGACUACCUUAGAAGUUCUUGUUGCUCCAGAUUCUCCGCCUCCAAGCGAUUACGUGAUCGAUCUUAUUCACGAGAUAUCAUCAAUUUGCACGGACGUAAAACUCAUGUUACGUUCGCUCAAUGUGAAACAAAUGUCGAAAGCGUUGAAGCAGACUGAGGAGGACUACCACAAGCUUGAAAGUUUGGCUCGUCAAGAACGUGAAGUCGACGAAGACAACAAUCUGCAAAUCACUAUGAAACAGACGUCACCUACUAGGCCAUCGGUGACGACGCUAAAGACGGGCAGUGGAUCUGUGGCUUCUGUUCCGUUCAGGCGUCUGCAAACACUGGAAAUCAGUGAGCAGAUUCCGCCACCGUCGCAAUUGCAAGGCAUGAGAUUGUCAACGUCGCUCAACACCACAACAUCGGCUCUCAAAUUCACGCCUCUUAAGUCUGCAACAACAGGUGGUAAAACAUUUUCUAAGGGCCUGCUCGAAGACAACAAAGAUUUGGACCGGCGCAUUGCACAACUUGUGAAAGAAGAUGAGAAGAAGAAGCUGAAGGCUGCCAAAGAAGAGAAGCAAAGAUUGGCGAAAGAAGAGAAGCUAGCUGCUAAACAAAGCAAGCAGAGGGAAAAGGAAAAACAAAGAGAGGAGUUGUCGCAUACGAAGCACAAGGCUACUCCUCUUGAAAGGAACCAUACUGAGCCACAAGACUUCUUCUCUACGAAGCUGAACCGCGAAGAUACCGAUGAGUCUUCGUUGUUUUCGAAGCCAUCGAUCACUUCGAAAGACAAGAAAGGAAGCAUUAUACUGCGGAUCGGACACAAACUCAAACAUACCGAGCCGCUCAAGCACACGGAGUCUGUUGACAGUGAUGUGAGGAGUAUUUCCACAACUAAAUCGUCCAGUAGCCAAACGUCAAACACUAGCAAGAAGUCGUCACGCAAGGUUGGAUUAUUUGGGUUGCGCAAGAGGAAUUGA